AAAAAAUUACAAAUUCAAACAAAAAUAUAAAAAAUCGCCUAAAUCAAAAUGUGGAAGUUAUUGGCUGUCAUCUGUAUUGUUUUCAUUGAAGAAGAGGCUCUCGCAAGACCCAAGAUUCAGGAACAUCAAACCGACAACCCCCUGAGAUAUCCUGUUUUGGUAGAAGCAAUAUCAGAUUUUUCGCGUAGAUUGAUGACGGAAAUGACGCAGUUGAACAGCGACGUCAAUAUUGUCAUGUCACCACUGAGCAUCAGCAGUGUGAUGGGGAUGUUAUGGCUUGGAGCGGGAGGUGAAACAAGGCGAGAAAUAGAACAGACUUGCAGAUUUGGUGAUGAUACUGGAAGAUUGUUCAAGUAUAUAAACUAUCAGGCUUUCUCCUCGCCCAUUGGUCUCAGAGAAAAAGGGAAAGCAGAUGUAAUGUUGGCCAAUGCUUUAUUUUAUGAGAAAUCGGAAAAAUUGAAGAGUGAAUUCAUGAAUAACGCGUUGGAAUAUCACCAAGCUGAUAUACUGGGAUUGAAUUUUAAAUUCAGUCCUGAGAAAUCGUUGAAGACCAUCAACCAAUGGGUACACAACAAGACGCGUGGUGUAAUAAAACAGCUUUUAUCUCCAAAUGAUGUUUCCGUCACAACGAGAGCAGUAUUGACGAACGCGAUUUAUUUCUCCGGUUCUUGGAGAUACCCAUUCCAUACUUCGGCGACCAUUUUGGACAAUUUUACGACGUUAUCAGGAAAUCGUGUAAAGGUUCCCACCAUGCACCAAGAAGUUCGACUUCGUUAUAUGAAGAAAUGUCAGAGUUCAUCGGGAGACUUGUCUGCAUUCGGACAGAUUUGCACAAGAGCUGAACAACCAAAUGUCAUAGAAAUUCCAUACGCGAAUGGAAAAUAUGUUAUGAUCAUUCUGGUACCGAACGAUGACUUCAGUUUCAAAGACAUAGAAGAAAACUUGGAGAACGAGUAUGACAGCUGGAGACGAGGUGUUGUCAGUGGACUGAUUGAACUUUGUCUGCCAAAAUUCCAGAUGAAUUUUCAAUCUGAUCUCGAAUUAUCCUUGCGGCGCCUUGGAAUAACAGCUGCGUUCCAGUGGAGUAGAGCAAACUUUGAAAACUUGAGCGAGGACAGACUUUCUUUCUCAAAAUUUAUCCACAAAGCUGCUGUAGUCGUUGACGAAAAAGGAACGAAAGCUGCCGCGUCUUCGGCUUCUAUCGCAAUUCUACGGAAGGCAUCAGAUCUUGCAUAUUUCAAAAUCGACCGAUCGUUCCUAUUUUUUGUUGAAGACACCAGCACAAGUGCACAGUUAUUUGCAGGAAGAAUCAUUGACCCAACGAAAUCUAACAAUGUACUCUGAAUAAUACUGUUUUUCAUCAAAAGAUCUUUCUGAUUGACGCGAAGAAAAUGGGGAAAAAAUGAUGCCAUUCUAAUUACAAAUAUGUAAACAAAUAUGAAGUUUAUCGCGAUUUCCAUGUCACUCUCACGGGUGCUUAACUUCGAUACUAUAAUCAAUAUGUCACAAAGAAAUUCGCUUUUAAGAGUCUUUCACAUCUUCAAUCUGGAUAGCACGUCCUUGGGGUAGACCACUUAAUACGCAAGGCUCUACUAAAUUCAGUAGGGUCUGAUAGGCAGUGUAAGGCGGCCAUGUCUCUACUUAGUGAAUGUCGACAAGACAAGAAAGUAGAUUCGUCAAGGCACCUACAAUUCUCUAUCAUAUUAUCCACGCAUUUCAUAUCGAAAACUUUUACACGGUAAUUCCUAUUCUUUUGGCGAAGAAUAUACCUUUGUCUAAUUUAUUAUAUAAGCCUAUGACCUUACAGUGCCCUAACAGCUAACUCGUGCGAAGUGAAAAACGCAUGUCAUAAGAUCAAUUAACAAAAUUUUGCAACAACUUUGGCUGCAACUACUAGAAAGCCUAUGUUAAAUAAAAAGUGCGGCGCGCGGUUUCACCCAGUCAUUUCUAUCUGGCCCUUCUAAAGGUUGCACACUCCUGCCCUAAACACCAACCACGCUUUAUUAACUUAAUGAGCACGCACGCUUAAUUAAGCAAUAUCGAUUUCAAACAAUUGCGCGCUUGGAAAACCUACACGUCAUGUCGCCUACUGAACUCAUACAGCUCAGACACAGAAAAAACUGAAUGCUUGAAUUCGAACGUGCGUGGUCAUAAUGAAGUUGUGAUAAAUGCUAGUCUUUGAAAGACCUGAACGUUUUAGUUCCGGUAUAGAUCAAUAUGCGCCUAGUUCGAAACUGCACCGUAGAUACCGAAAUCAACCUUCAAUCAUGCGUUUUUGAUAUGACUGUUUUAUUCUGGUUAGCAAAUAUGAAUCUUUCUUUCGCUAUUUCAUUAAGAAAAAUUAAGUUAAUUUAUUUACAGACAAAAAGCAAAACUUAACUGCUGGAAUAUCUAAGCCGCGGAUGAUGAGUAAAUUUACACGUAGUCUUUAUUCGUCGAUCGCUAAUGUAUGUUAAUUUAUUUUAUUUAUUAUAAUAAUCAGUGUUCAAAACUGUAUUUUUAUUGUAUAUUACGAAACGAAUAAAUUGGA